UAGCACCCUUAGUCUCGGAGAGGCAGCCAAAUAUUUGACAAACUAGCAGCAAUCGUUAGCUAGCUCGCUAGGAGUAGUGAAAUUAUAUACCGAUUUAAACAGUUCCGUAAAUUGGAGACGCUCACGUAUUUGCCAAGGAUUUAGGGUUUUGUGUAAACAGGAUGUCGACUCCAGCAAGACGACGUUUAAUGAGAGAUUUUAAACGGCUGCAAGAGGAUCCUCCUGCUGGAGUUAGUGGGGCCCCAUCAGAAAACAAUAUCAUGGUAUGGAACGCUGUCAUUUUUGGACCGGAGGGAACGCCCUUUGAAGAUGGAACCUUCAAACUUACAAUUGAAUUCACAGAGGAAUAUCCAAAUAAACCUCCAACAGUGCGAUUUGUCUCCAAAAUGUUUCAUCCAAAUGUGUAUGCAGACGGCAGCAUAUGCUUAGAUAUACUUCAGAAUCGCUGGAGUCCCACUUAUGAUGUCUCUUCAAUCUUAACUUCAAUACAGUCUUUACUGGAUGAGCCAAACCCAAAUAGUCCAGCCAACAGCCAAGCAGCCCAGCUCUACCAGGAAAACAAACGGGAGUACGAGAAGAGGGUUUCUGCUAUUGUUGAACAGAGUUGGCGCGACUGUUGACCCCAGUUACUGUUUGAGUAGGAACAGUGUCCAGCCCAGAAUCAAGAAAACCACCGAUCAAGAAAAACAACUGAUCACACAGAAAUGACACAUCUUAAAAUCCUUCAGUAUAUUUGUCCCCUAACUGUCGCUAAGUUUGUAUGCUGUUGUGUCGUGGCAUUCACUCCUGCCGAAUGCUAUUGUUGGGCAAUAGCGGAUGUUUGUUUAAAAAAAAGAAAAGUUAAUGUACCUUGUUAUAUCUGGGUUACUUGCUACAUGCCCCAAGGUUUUUUUUUUUUUUUUGAAAGAAGAAAAAAAGACAAUAGCCAGUGUCUCAUUUGUCACCCUUCCACCAGUUUAGUCAUAUAUUAAGUGAACUGGUUGGAUUAAGUGACAGUUAAUUAGAUGUGCUUGCUGUGUGGUUUGCUGUGUAGAUACAGGCAAUUUAUAUUUCCAUAUUAAAGCUGUCCAUGGGUGUUUCUCCCUCUGUUUGAGUGGGCUCACUCGUUUUGGUUUUGUUAGUUUCUGCCUAUUGGAAGCCUUGCAGAGGGAUAGAAGUUAACCUGGCAUGGACAUCCAUCCCUCUAACAACUCAACAGAUGCCUUGAAGAGGUGAGGGGGGCAUUGUUCUCUCAGCUUUCCUUGUAAAGCCAUGCCUUUGAUUUUAAACCCUUCUAGAUAUUGGUAAAUGCAUAUGUCCCUCUCCAGCACAGAAACAAGACAUUCAGUAUCCUUUCAUUUAACGCUGAUGUUUGACAGCUGUGUGAACAUUUCUAUGCUAUUUUACAAUCUUGCAAAUCAGCCGUCAUUAAAAAGCUGAUAAUACUGUUUAAACAGGAUGGUGUCUGUUUUCGGAUUAUAAAACUUUGCACUGGUAACCCAUGUAACAAACUGUACAUUUUCUUGUAAAUAAAAUAAAUAUACAUCA